AUGCUUUCCUAUCGCUUGCCCGAGCUAUCUUCAGGUUCCUUGGAUCUUUCUGUAACCAACGAUCCUCAUGAUACUAUUAUAGAAAUCUACGAUAAAACAUCCGGCGAUAUCAAGAUUUUCGAUGCGCAUUCAAGCGUGCUCUGCAGAAGAUGCGAAUAUUUUGAGGUUGCUUUAUCAGGAAAAUGGGCAAGAAAAGUUGAUGAUAAGUAUAAGCUAAGCUUGGAUGUUUCAUCUGAUGCCUUUGAAAUAAUAUUAAAGGGUAUCUGUAGCGGAACGAUCAUUUUGGAAAAUCUGAAUACGAAUAUUUUAAUGGAAUUAAUGCUGGUAUCUGAUAUUCUUCUCCUCCACGAGUUUUUCAACCUUUUAAGAUCCAAAUUAGAUGAAAAAAGGGAUAAAAACAAGGAAUGGUGUGAUGAAGAUAUUAUUUCGAUAUUAAGAACCUCUUAUCAAAUUCCAUCCGCUCAAGACCUCUAUUUAGUUUGCCAAGAUAUCUUUGUAGAGAGGCCAUUGAUUUUAUUUGAAUCCCCAGAAUUUACAUCGAUUGAUGAGGAAUUAUUGUUGCGCAUCUUAAAGCUGGACAUGAUUUGCUUGCCAGAAAUAAUGAUUUUUAAUAAAUUGAUUGAGUGGGGCAUUGCAAACACCCCCGAUUUCGAUACUUCAACCGAUAAUACAUCUCAGAUCAAUGCAUUGGGAGUUACUUUAGAGAAUGGGUUGCAACUGAUUCGAUACAAAAACCUGAGUAAAGAAAAGAUGUCAAUUCUCAAGUUUGAACAAAUAUUACCAACAGCAGAAGUUCGAUCUCAACUUCCACCUCGCAUUUAUUUACCUGUUGAACCAAAGAUUAUCAGUAACAGCUUUGCUGGAACAAUUUCGACGUGGAUUGACAGAAAGGAUCCUAUGGAAGCUCCAUACACCAGAUUUAAUACUCCAUUCCAAUUUAGGCUCGUGUUUCGCAUGGGAGAUCAGACAACCUUCUAUCAAGAACACCAUAAAUACUACAACAAAUCUUCAAAUAGAUUCUUACCAACAAUGAAAUGUCACCACGGACCUUCACUAAUGAUUAUGAAACUUAAAGGAUCUGGAAAAAUAAUUGGUGCUUACAAUCCUAUCGAUUGGAAGCAAGAUUUAUCAAAGAAAGUAUAUGUUUGUACAUCAGAAAGUUUUAUUUUUUCAAGUGAAAAUAGGUAUGGAAUAAAGCAUCGAUUAAGCAGAGUUCGUGAUUUCAAUCACGCAAUGUGUAUAGAGGGCGUAAAUCCCAGUGGUGUGCUAUUAAAAUUUGGCGACGAUUUAAUAUUUAAUAAGAUGAGUAGUUAUGUCAGUUGCCAUGUUAAGAACGGAUUUUAUGAGCCAACUAUAUUGGAUGAAGGCAGGUAUGAGGUUGAAAAAUGGGAAAUUUUUAGAGUCAGGAGAAAAGAUGGUCAACCAGCAAUGGUAACAAACGAAGAAGUUAAAAUUCCACCUCGCAUUGAUCCACCCGUUGAGACAAAGAUUAUUGAUAGCGACUUUAUUGGAUUGAUUGCGACAUGGAUUGAUAAAAAGGAUCCUGUGAAAGCUCGGUACACUUGGUCUAAUAUGCCAUUCCAAUUUACGCCUUUAUUUCGUAUGCGCGAUAAUACUUUCUAUCAGGAACAUAGUAAAUAUUAUAACCAAUCAGCGGAUAACUUAUUACUACCAACAAUGAAAUGCCACCACGGACCUUCGCUGAUGAUAAUGAAACUUAAAACAUCAGGAAAGAUAAUUGGAGCUUAUAAUCCCAUCAAUUGGAAACAAAGGUCAAACUUUAGUGAAUAUAAAACUACAUCAGAAAGCUUUAUUUUUUCAAGUGAAGAUAUAAAUGGAACAAAUCAUCGGUUAAGCCGUGUUAAAAAUUUUUAUCGAGCAAUUUGUUCCGAGGAAAUACUUCCUCGCUCAGAUAUUAAUGGUGUGCUGUUAAGAUUUGGCACAGGUUUAAGCUUUGUUUAUGACGAACGUGACGAAUAUUUUGAUCCUUUAGUCAUUUGUAGGGUUAGGCAAAAUGAAUCCUAUGAGCAACCAGAUAUAAUAGCUAAAGGUGAUUACGAACUUGAUGAAUGGGAAAUUUUUAGAGUCGCUAGAAAAGAUAGUCAAAUUCCACCCCAAAUUGGUUCAUUUUUUGAAUCAGAAAUGAUUGAUGACGAUUUUGUAGCAUUGAUUGCGACAUGGAUUGAUGGCAAAGAUUCCACGGAAGAUCCAUAUACCGAAUUUGACAUGCCAUUUCAAUUUACACUUUUGUUUCGCAUGAAUGAUCGGUCAGUUUCUCAUGAUAAAUACUAUAAUCAGUCAACAUACAAUUUAUUACCAACAAUGAAAUGUCACCACGGACCUUCACUAAUGAUAAUGAGGAUCAAAGGUUCUGGAAAAAUAAUUGGUACCUAUAAUCCUAUCAAUUGGAAGCGAGAUUUACCAAAUUGUAAGAAUAAAUAUAUUCACACGUCAGAAAGUUUUAUUUUCUCGAGUGAAGACGAACAUGGAACAGAUCCUCAAUUAAGCCGAGUUAAAGAUUUUGAUAAAGCGAUUUCUCAGGCAAACGUAUAUCCCAAUGGCAUUCUGUUGAAUUUUGGUGAAGAUUUGAGCUUCAUUUAUAUUCAUGGAAAUAUACACACGGAUGAGCCCGAUUAUGGACUAGAAGACGACAUUAUAUUUCCUUUUGUCAUUUGUAAAAUUAGAGAAAAUGGAUUUUAUGAGCAACCAGCUAUAUUACCUGAAGGCAGAUAUGAGAUUGAUGCAUGGGAAAUAUUCAGGGUCAUUAGAACAAAUAACUAA